AUGUACAGCAGACGCAUUUGGCUUGCUACGAAGAUACGCCCUCUACGCCCCGUAUUGAGGAGCCAAAUUCGCUGUAUCAACCCGUUCCUACCUGUUGAUAUUCUAGACGAGGUUACCAACGAUGACGAGAAUACGAUAAGGGAGAAGAGAAAGCUCAAGAGACUGCAAGAUUUGGAUGAAAAGAUCAAGAACAAGAAAGAUGGACCUAUAAACGAAUACCAGACUCCUCAAGAGGAAGAACGUAAUAGAGAAAGACAAAAGAAAGAAAAUCGGCAGGAGAAUUGGGAAAGGUUCGGCAGCUUUCUGUUCAGAUGUUUUGAGACUGCAGGUAUCACCUUCAGUUCUUUGGCUGUUCUAGCUUUAAGUGGUUAUAUGUAUCACAAGAUUUACAAUAGUCAAGUUCUUUCCAAGAUAAACUCUGCUUUCGAUGAAGGUGAUCCGACUCUGCAAUUGUCCAUGUAUAAGAGAACAGACAAUAACAAGUAUUGGGUGGCACGACCACAACAAUUGCUUCUGGAUGACAUUGUCAACGGAAAAAUUAAAGGCAGAUACUUUCUACUGGUUGGCGAAAAAGGAACUGGAAAGUUUUCUGCCAUUUUACAAUCUAUACGCUCUGUAAAGGGUUUGAACUGUACAGUUGUGGAUGGCCAUUCUGACCCUGAAAUAUUCAGAAUUCGAUUAGGACAAGCUCUGAAUUUUGGAUAUCAUGAGGAUUAUAUUGGAUCCCUUUUCUCUAUUAGAGGGCCUCGUGAUACUACAGCUCUCUUAGAUAUCGAAAGAGCUUUCAAAAAAUUAGAAAUGGUAGCAUUAAAACGUGUGAAAUCAGCAGAAGAGGGUGUUCAAGUGAAACCAUUGAUCGUUGUCAUAAACAACACCCAUCUGAUCAAGGAUGAUGAAGAAGGAAACAAGCUGAUAGAGUUAUUGCAGCAAAAAGCGGAAUCAUUGAGUGGAUCAGGAUUGGCUACAAUGAUAUUCAAUUCCGAUGACUACUGGGUCUAUGAGAGAAUGAAACAGUUGAGUACACGUUUGGAAGUCAUUAAUUUCAACGACCUUGGAAGAGAGGAUACAAUAAAAGUAUUAAAAGCUGCUAGAAUGAAGCAUUACAACGUGUAUUUACCCCUUGAAACCGCCAAUAAGAUAUAUGAUCUUAUUGGAGGAAGGCCGCAGCAUCUGGCUCUAGUUUCUGCCAAUAAGGAUCCCCUUUUAACUUCGCAUCAGAUAAUUGACCGUGAGAAGACCUGGUUUUUGAACCAGUGUGGACUUUUGGGAGGAGAUAUGGAUGACGACGUCAUGGAGAGUGGAAAACUAUCUACAAGUGCAAUGUUAUUGAUGAGAGAGUUGGUUCAAAUGGAUAGGGAAAAGUUUUCUUUACCUUUACAGAAUGAUGAUAAGAUUGAUCACGUACUACCAUCUCUACCCUUAUGGAGAGCAAGACAGGUGAUGACCAGACCAGACUACAUCCAACUAUUUGAUAAUCUUAACAUUUUCACAAUAGAUUGCAAUUCCAGAGUACAUGCUGACAGCGUACCAAUGAUGAGGGCUUUUCAUGAAAUUGCUUCUCAACCUGGGUUUGAUGAACUUUUGAAUGAGACAAUUGAAAGAGUGUCUGAAAUCGAGUCAUUGGGAAGAACGAGAGAACUGGUAGCUAAAGAUUUGUUGCUUGGAGGUCAUUACACUGUACAGGAAGAUAAAAAUAACAAGCUCAACAUAAAGCUGCAUGGAGGUACUAGAGACUUGCUUGAAUCUGCAAAUGAGGAUGACCCAAUCAAAAUGGAAGACUUUUCAGAUGGAGCUCACAAGAAAUGGUGGUCUAAGAGAAUGUCUCAUUACAGGGACAGCUACAAACCCGAAGAGGUCGCUGAGUUGGGCCUUACAAGAAACCCCGAGGAACAAAACAGUUCGGUAGAAUUGUCAAAAAGUUAA